AUAUGACCUUAAGAAAUGACUGACAAUGUUGGGAAUGGCUUCAAGGUAUGGGCUUUCAUAUUAUUGAUGUACUGUUCUACAACCCACCAGGAGCUGAAGUAUGAAUUAGGACCCUCAAUGAUCAUACUUUAUGACAUUGCAGGAGUGCUCAAAUAUGUCUUCCUGGUGUUUCCUCCUUUUGCCUUUGCUAUUGGUAUCAAGGACUUGGCUGUUAGCUUCACCAAGGCAUCUGUUAUGGCUCGUUUUGAAAUGGAUGUGUAUGUGUCGCCCUUCUCAUGGGACCUCAAGAUGCAGGGUGGGCUGGGCCUACACUACUUCAGCCUGGCCCUGUGGACAGUGGUAGGCACAGUGGUACUGCUCAGUUGGCAAGACUGCGUAGGAGCAUUACCAAAGACUGCAGCUCCUGCCAAGAACCUGGCUGGGGCCGAAGAAGAGAAAGAUGUGGCAGCAGAGAGGAUUAAGAUCCAAUGUGGAGGAACCUCACUCUAUGACACAGUGCUGCGACUGGUGGGUCUUGGACGCGACUUCACCUCUCCUCCAACAACAGCUGUCAGUAACCUCUUCUUAGCUCUCAGACGGGGCGAGUGUUUCAGUUUGCUUGGGCUAAAUGGGGCUGGCAAGACAACAACUUUUCGCUGUUUGACGGGUGACCUGCGACCUACUAGAGGACAGAUUCUGGUGAAUGGCUUGGUCCUAGAAGAGGCACUGGCCUUACCUUAUCCUAUUAUGGGCUAUUGUCCACAAAGUCAUGCCCUUGACCCCAAUCUGACAGCAAGAGAGGCAUUAUCUAUAAUGGCACUCAUCAGAGGCUUCUCCAGCAGAGAAACUACUGUGGUGUUGGAGCGAGUCAUAGAGCAGCUGGGACUGAGUGGGGAAGACAACACAUACAUACAUCAAUUGUCUGGUGGUACCAAGAGGAAGUUGUCCACAGCCCUGGCACUUCUGGCCAAUCCAUUGUUGGUACUGCUAGAUGAGCCCACCACAGGAAUGGACCCAGCCUCUCGCCGCUUAGCCUGGCGAGCAAUACGGAGUGUGACCGAUGAUGGCCGCACAGUGUUACUCACAUCACAUUCCAUGGAUGAAGUCAAUCAGCUUUCUCACAGAAUGGCUAUAAUGGUCAAUGGACAGUUUAUCUGUAUUGGGUCACCUCAUUAUCUGAAAUACAAACUAGGCGACAAAUACACAAUACGACUGAAAACAAAUGAUAUUGAAGAUAUGGAGUGUGUUCUUGACUUCUUGUGCAGUCAACUUGCAGAUGUUUUGCUCAAGGAGCAGCAUCACUUGACUAUUGUGGCAGAAGUGAGUCGUCAGCUACCACUUCGACUCAUCUUUGACACACUCAACACUGCAAGGUCAAUGGGAGUCACAGAAUAUGAUGUAUCACAGACAACAUUAAAUGAGGUGUUUCGGGUGCUAACCUCAAAUCAGGGAGAUGGACAGGUACCACCACCUCCCAUUACCAAUAAUUAUGAGCAGGUGUCCAUUCCAGUCCACCUCUCAAACCAACUUCCAGUAGAUAUCCAGCAGCAGUCACCUGAUAUUAUAUUCCAACCACCUGCCAAUGUUCCCCAUUCGUCUUUGCUGCCAUCAGUAGAGGAGCAGGACUGCACAUCUUAUGACCGUGAAAGUCUGUAUGACAAUGUAGAGACAGACAAGCAAGAGAUUUAUGCUACAGUAGGUAAAGUAAGUAGUAUGAGAAAACCUUCUCCUGACUUGUAUCAAGAAAAUGAAAGUGGAUCCGCAGAUGACAGUCCAGAGGAAGAAUGGACACAUCUCUAGUUAGACGUAAUGUUGGAAAUAUAUAUGGAAUAGUGUUCAUGUAUAUUAACCCUGUGUUCAGUGAUGUUGAAACUUACAUUACCAAUGAAUGUAAUUUAUAUUAAUGAUAUUUUAACUUAUUAUUAAUAAUGAUAAAGUAUUUGUUAAUAAAAGACAACUUUUCAUGUGAUGAAAUGUCACCCUAUAAUUUUACUAAGUUUAAAAUAUUAUGAAAAAUUUACAAUAAUGUCUUCAAGUUUAAGAAGUCGCCAGUCACAAUUCUCAACAGACACAUAUUGUUUUACUGUUUAAUAAAACAAAUAAAAAAAUUGUGACAAUCUGACCUUAAUGAUUCAAUGUCUUGUACAUGCUGAAAAGUUCCUAUAGAUGUAUCAUGCUUGACGUUUGCCAUAGAGCAACACUUCAAUACUAUGUUCUUCUGUUCAAUAUUUCUACAGAUUUCAUAAUUCACACAGGAAGAAUAUGGCUCUCCAGUUGCCUAACCACUACUGGGUGAAUGGUUAUUCAAUCAUUCAUCAGUGUCAGCAAAUUAUAAUUUUUAAAUAUAGAAAAGCUGUAAAAUUUGCUUAUUUAAUGAUUUAGUGAAAAUUUUUGAUCAUGCAUAAUAAGUAUCCUGAAAACUACCAAAGGAAACGUAACUUUGACGACAAGUAAAUGAAGUUGUGUGUAAUGUAAAUCGGGCUAAUAUGGUGUUACACACAUGCGUGCUCUCAAUGAUAGUAGAUUUUCUUAAGUGAAUCCUGUAAUUAUUGACAUUAAAAAAAUGGUACAAUUAUUCAACCUGAACACAAGUUCACCUGAUAUUAUAUUCCAACCACCUGCCAAUGUUCUCCAUUCGUCUUUGCUGCCAUCAGUAGAGGAGCAGGACUGCACAUCUCAUGACCGUGAAAGUCUGUAUGACAAUGUAGAGACAGACAAGCAACCUAUAACCUCUCUAUAACACUUUCAGUAAAAAAUAGUCCAUCUAAAUGAUAGAAGGUACUACGGUAAUUAUAAAAAUGCAAUAUUAUGCAUCAUGUCUUGUUAACCACACAAAACAUGUCAUAUCUCUUGCUGAUCAUUCAGGACAAUGUUGUGUCAAAUCUCUCAUCCCAUCCAUGACAGUUCUGGCUCAAACCUUUCCCAACCACCCAUGACAGUGUUGAGUCAAACCUUUCCCAACCACCCAUGACAGUGUUGAGUCAAACCUCUCCCAACCACCCAUGACAGUGUUGAGUCAAACCUUUCCCAACCACCCAUGACAGUGUUGAGUCAAACCUUUCCCAACCACCCAUGACAGUGUUGAGUCAAACCUUUCCCAACCACCCAUGACAGUGUUGAGUCAAACCUUUCCCAACCACCCAUGACAGUGUUGAGUCAAACCUUUCCCAACCACCCAUGACAGUGUUGAGUCAAACCUUUCUCAACCACCCAUGACAGUGUUGAGUCAAACCUUUCCCAACCACCCAUGACAGUGUUGAGUCAAACCUUUCCCAACAACCCAUGACAGUGUUGAGUCAAACCUCUAUACUAACUCAGGCCAUUUCUACCAAUUUUAAAUAUUGUACUCUGUAUCUACAGCUUUGUAGAUUAUAUUAAACAAAACUCAAACUUGUACAAAUGUGUGUAAUGUGUGUGAAAGGUGAGCAACAUUUAAAUAUUUCCAUAUAGUAUUGGCAUGGUAAACAUUCAGUUUUGUGUAGGAGACAGAUGAUCUGAGAGAAUGACCUGUAAUAAAACAAAAUCUAGUUGUUUUAUAUAAUAUUACAGUUUGGCACGCACAUUUAUUUAGCUGCAAUAACAAUCAGUUCACUAGAACUUCAGGUUGCAAUCCUUACACUAUACCAUGUUGUGGCCUGGUUGUCUAAAGUGUCUGCCUGGGAACACCCAGAGCAGAGGUUCAAAUCAUCACGGCUCCUACAGAUUUUCUCAUAAGUAUUUUUUUUUUUUUUAUAAAAAAAACUAUGAAAUUAAACUGAACUGAAAAUAUCAUAGUAAAGAAUCUGUAAAGAUUUGUAUGCUAUAGUUUCAAAUGAACAAAUGAAUUUAGAACAUUGACCUUAAUGUAUUUUGUAUACCUAAUUUAAAUCAAAUUUUUGAAGACAUGGUCUGGUGGAGCAGAUGUGCAUACAACUAUCUUUACGUGUUAUUGUUUACUUUCAGGAACAAUUAUUCCAAGGUAUACACUUAAUUUUGUGUACUCAGCACAUAAUGGAUGAUCAUUAACAUACUGGUGCCUUUACUCUGUGAUACUUAUUAAUAGCCUAUCUUAAUAGUUACAAUAUAUUAUUGCCUCAUGUAUUUGGGACCACAAUCACUCCAUGUCUUUUCAGCCUGAGCAAACGUAAUCAGUCCAUAAGAGCCAUGAGUUAGGUUCAUUACCUGCUGAUUAAUACAAGAUUCCUGUGAUGUGUAGUACUACACAUCAUGCAUACAGUACUUUAAUAACUAAAAAUUAUAUCAUUUUGUUUGUAUUUCUGUACUAUAAUUGUCAAAAUAAUUGUCAAAGUGUGAGGAGGGCAGGUGUUAAACCAGCCAUUAGUAUUGGUUGUAACUGCACUGAGGACUGUUAGUUAGGAAAAGAUACCACAAAGUUUACAGUAUUAGAUUUUAUUAAAGUAUCUUUGGUUGUUU